AUGGGUUGUCUUCCCAGCCGCCCUCAACCUUCAAGCGCUGCGGGACCAAGCCAGAGGAUUCCCAUCUCGGAUAUUGUCAGCUUCGCACUUGACAGACAACACCUCUAUGACCAGAACAAGCCGCUCUUCAUUGAUGCCGAAGACCCCAUCCUCUCGUUAUCAGCCAGUCAAACGAUCGCAUUAGUGCCGAGACUGGUCGCGGGGUUGCAUGCGGCCGGACUCAAAAAGGGCGAUGUUGUGUUAUUGCAUCUCGGAAACCAUUAUCUCUACGCCGCUCUGUUCUUCGCCAUUGCUGGCGCAGGUGGCAUCUGUUGCGGCUCUAACCCCGCCCACCAGUUCCACGAUUUGAACCAUGUCGCUCAUCUUUCAGGCCCCAGAUUCGUGAUCACCACCCAGACCAAGACGGCUACCGUCCACGAGGUAUGCACGAAACAAGGCAUUCCACCUUACAACGUCUUUUUCGUGGAACCUCUCGACCACCACGUCCUCCAGCAAAUACUCCGCAGCCCGAGUCGGGUGGAACAACAACUCGGAACGACCCUAGGCCAUAAUGCCCCAGGCAGGCCACUGACGGAUCUCCUUCGCCAUGGCCAAUCCGACUGGAUGACACUCAGCAGCGAAUUGGAGAUGAAGCAAACAACUGCUUGUUACUAUUCUGCUCCUGGACCUACCGGCAUCCCCAAGACUGGUUGCCGUUUCGCACUAUGCCCUCGUGGCCCAACAUAUGGCUCUCCGUCCAGGGGAUGA